UAGCCUCGUCUUCAUUCGUGCUAGAGGGAGGCUAUAAUCAAAUUAAAGUUGAAAGAAUGUUUUCGUCUGUUGCAUAGUGAUCGAUUUAUUGCCACAGACCAUCUGUUGGUUGUACGAUGGAAAAACAAGUCUUGCGCAAAGGAUCCUACAGGGUCAGAAAGGAGAAGUUCUAUUAAGUACUUUAUAAUUAUCUGUCAAAACACAACAUCAUGCCUAUUCCAAACUUUGUAUCACUUGCUGACAGAAGCAUUCCUGAAGAUACAAAAGCAUUAAGACUCUGCUUUCAAGUCAAUUCUGAAGAAAAUGGCCAACAUUUGAAUGAAAAUUCAGUUUACAAGUUGAAGGAAGUCAGUUUGGUUUAUGAAAGACCUCAAGAAAUAAGGUUUGGAACUAAAAAGGCCCAAAACUUGGGGACUCAAGAAGCAAGAAUUAUCUUUCAAUCUCCUGAAGAGAGAGGCAUCUCCGAUUCUCCAAAUGGGUUCUACAGAAGUACUCCAAAGUCCCAGACCCUUGAAGAAACAGCAUUAAAACAAAGAACAUACAAUGGAAAUCAUGAAGAUAAAUUUGGAAGUUUUUUAGGCAAUAACAGCAUGGCAAAUGGGACCACUGCCUCUGCAAUGUGCACAACAAAAAGAAGCUUUCCAUCUACAGUAACAAAAAAAUACAAGCAUCUUGAUGGUAAUUUACAGAAGCUUUUGAAACACUUAAAAAGAUUACAUGAAGUCAAGCAAGAAUGCAGAAAUUCAUUAAACCAGAGUAUCAGUGAAAACACACGGAAAAUUUUUGAAUCAAAAUAUUUUGCAGUUGUAGAAGAGCUAGUGGCAACUGAGACCAAACUUUACAAUCUUGGUUAUGGCGAAUAUGUCACAAAUCUGAAAAGCAGAAGCAGAGGACAUAAUCAAUCAACUAGGUGUUAUGAAUCCAGCAUUGAACUGGACGCAUCCCAAAAUGGUAUCAGUGAGAAUUUCCCAAACAGUUUUGCAUUUGAUUAUAGGACGCAGCAGAUUAAUUUUGAUGACAGAAACAUAAAAACCAGGGAAAACCAGCUACUAAGGACAAACGAAAAGAUUUCAAAAAAACGCGAGAGAGAGGCUGAGACAUUAUUUCCUAUAGACAAGAUAAGGGAUAAAAGGAGUCUUGUUAGACAGGGUUUCUAUCCACAACGCCAAAAAGAAUUUAGAACUAUCGCCGAUUUGAGAUAUUCUAGCACAAAAAAGUUAGGUUCUGGUCAAACUGAAAAAGCUAAAACCAGCCUUUCAUUGCUCAAGGAUGAUAAUAAUAAUUCUCAACAUAGCAAACAUAAUUAUGUUGAUGCUCAGACACGACAAGUUUUGUUAAAAUACAACAAGAAAGAGACAGGCAAACAUAUUCAACAAGCUUCAUCAAAGGAAGCUUUUAAUAGGGAAGAGUUAGUGGAAGAAGCUAUGAAAUUGCACAGGAUGUAUCAAAAUCUAGCUAAAAUUAAGCAACUAGCUCGACAGAAGCUCGCAAACGACAUCAAAGAAAAACAUGACCGAGAUAGGGUUGAAAACCAGUAUUUCGAAACCCAGUUGGAAAUGGAAAAACUUUCAUUUAAAUUCAAACUUCUGGCUAAAAAACUGGGCAUAGAAUGGAAACAACUUUUUAAAAUAAUGAAAGUCAAUGAAAAUGAGGAUGAUCUUCAAUCUUUAUCGUCUAAAAAUGAUUUCGAAUCACAAAGUCAACCCCAAACUCUAAAAUACUCAAAGCUUUCAAGUGAAAAUGAAAGUAAUUCAGAUUUUGGACAUUACCACAGACUACGAACAAAUAAGCAUGGCGAAAUCAGUUGGGGAAAAAGUAGUGUUGAUCAACUUAGUGAUGCUACAGAAUCUGAUUCUGUAAGUUUAAGGAUGUCAGGAUUAAAAGACGACCUUUCGAAGUAUAGAGAGCUGGAGUUUAUCAGCAGAGGUGUUCAGACUUCAGAAAUCGACAUCAAGACAAAUUUCGACAGCAAUGGCAUCAAUAACAAAGAAAAUAAAGAAAAGCAGAAAGAGAAUAAGUUUUUCGGGACAGCAGAAAGACACCAAUCAAAUGAGUCACGCCUACGAAACUCCAUGGAGCCCUCAAUUGAAAACUGGAUCAAGGACAUGUCAAAUGAAAGAAGUGAGGCAAACAAUAUAGCAGACGAGGAGCAAAAAACUUCUAACACAGAUAUGGAGGUAAUUAGGAAAAAACGGUUGGAUUAUUUCAACACGAAAACAUUGACAGAAGAACAGCAAGUUGUGGAAGAAGACAUUGAGGUGGUUGCUAAAUCACAUGACCAAUUGGCAUUAAAUGAUACAUUCAACGAUUUAAUGUUUCGUGAAAAUCAAUCUGAAGAUUACGAAAUGGAAAAACAAGGUGAGAUUGAUUCAAUAUCACUGACAAGUAGCAAUUCAAGAUUGCUAUUGCCAAAAAUACCCAUGACCCAAGGUGAAACCAGUGAUGAAGAACUUUUACAGUUUCAAGAAAAUGUUAAAGCCAGGCUGCUGACAAAGAAACCAGUUUUAUAUGAUGUGUCUGAUUUUUCUUCCCAAGACUCCAAUGAUGUUCUCAGUGAUGGCGUUCACAGCUUUCUACCGACUCGUAGUUACUUCUUUGAGGACAAGAGCGAAUGUGAUUCAGAUAUAAAGUAUAACUUGUAUGAUGUUUCUGACGUUGAGAUGAAUGCAACCCGAACUGAUGCUAGUAACACCUUUUUUAAAGACGAUGCUGAAAGUAUUACCAGUAAAAAUGGCAGCACAGAUGACAUAGAAAACGGUGCAACAGGCUAUUCAGUCACCCGAUUUUCCAGCGAUUAUUCUUCUAGAAUUGAAAAUAUAAGGAAAAUGUUACAACGGAAAGAUCCUACUGAAAUUGAGAAUAAAGUCACCCAUUCUUCAAAAGACGUUGAAAAAGAUGAUGACAAGGGAUUUAAAGCGCCUAAAGAUAAAGACAGAGAGGCAAAAAGGGAUAUGUAUGAGAAAGAGGCCAGAAUGCAACACCUAAAAGAGGUUUUGCAAAUUAAGGCAUCUUUGGAAUUGGGUGGUAAAAGCAUUCAUACUGAAGAUCAGGAGCGACAUGUUCACAUGAAAGGGCAGAGUAAUAUAAAUGGAGGUGGAGUUGUCAGAACAACGGAUUAUGAUCCUAAAAUGUCAGAUUAUGUAUCAAGAAUUAAAAACAUAAGAGAAAUUUUGCAAAGAAAGGUUUCCGGUGAAAAAGUAAGGAAGGAUACUGUAUUCGAAGAGACCAAAAAUAGUGGAGAGAAUAAAGAAGCGAAUAAAUCAAAUGAAGACGGGUUUGCCAGGAGAUAUAGUAAUGAAGAUAUAACAGAGGCUGAAAAUAAGUCUAAAGCACUGCUUCAGUCGAUGCUCGAUGAUCUAGACCAGCUUCAUCGAAUAGACACAGAAGCAAAACUGAUGGAUUACGAGAGUCCUGACCAAAGCGAGGAUUCCCAGUCGUUCGAUGACGUCACUAAAGAUGGUAGUGUGAGAUUAUUUGCUAGUGAUGAUAAGGUUAAUGAGACAUUCGUUACACAGAAUGAAGUCGCCGAGGACGAGGCUUGCAUUUCAAUAGAGGAACCAGCGAGUGAAAUCAAUCAACUGUCUGAAAACAAACAUUCUUUAGAAGAUGAAACUGUAGCCACUUCCAAUGCAAAGACAAAUGUAUCCGAAAAUAAUGGCAAUAACCUGGAAGACAGCGAGCUAUUAGAAGAAACAAUAGAAGAGACCCCUUCUGUGCCUGCAGAUGGUGAUGACACCCAAGAUAGCAAGACUGAAGAUAUUGAUUCAGAAAAUGAAGACCCACCAAAGCUGGAUCUUCCAAGCCUGAAGAUUCUCUUCGAAGCACGUCAGAUAUAA